GUGGGUUUUCCUUCACCCCAUCUCUCUCUCUCUCUCUCUCUGCAUUUCUGUUGAUCAGGUUGGCUGUCUAUUCAUUUCUCAUCACUCUUUCUCCUUCUCUCUAAUAGUAAUAGUAAUACGUAAUACAACUAUUUAUGCACUCGCGUUUUUCCUUUUUUGGCCUGUUCUCUUUCCUGAAUUUUCUCGCUUUCCAAACGGGCUCUGUAUUAAUCACUCAGAAACAAUAUCUGGUUUGUUGUGAACCAAAAUAGUUUUUGUUGGUUUAGGGUUUGUUCUCGAUCUCUACAUAUGCUUCUGGAAUUCCCGUGGAUUCAUUCAAGGAGUGGUUUCUAGGGUUUUCUGCCGAUGCAACUGUGGGUCUGAUUUCCAUGCCUACUCUGGUGGUCUGAUCAAUGCUAUUUUGAUGGGUAUGGCUGUUUGAUUUGCCUUUCUUUCAUGGGUUUGAUUGCUUUAAACGAUUUGAUGCUUAUUGAACACUGAUUUGGAUUGUGUCAGAACACCUGGAUAUAUGUAAUUUGGCUAUAUAUAUAUAUAUAUAUAUUUCGCUUUUGAGUAAUUUGUGGAAGUGGGAUUUAACUUUUGGAUUUCCUGGGUUUUGGGUCCUUUUUUCUUUUGAGUUCUAUGGGAUUUUGAUUCAUGUUCUGUUCACCUGGAGCUCAUUUUAGUAGCGUUUGAAGGAAAGAGUGGACCUUUCUAGGGUUUGGGUUUUGUUAUUGGCACAUCUUGGGUUGAGAUUCUGAAGGAAGAAUUUUUCUCGGGGGUUUAGUUAUUUUGUGAUGUGUCCUGUUGUGCUUUUGGAGUAUUGAGUAUCUUCUUGAUUAGAGUUUUUCUGCUUAAUUAGGGAGGGCAGAGAAUAUAUUUGUUUGUGUAGAGGGUAAGGAUGAAGGCGGCGUCCGUGGUGGGGAGUCAGGAAAAUAGAAGUGAGGACCCCAUGUUUUUGGAAAUGGAAACUGAAAAAAAUGGGAUUGAUAGUCCGAGGAGUGACUUAGAGCAAGGAGAGAGAAGUAAUGUGGUAUUCUCUAGAGAAGGGCCUCUUGUAAUGAAAGAAUCCAGAUUAUCCAGUGGUUGUUGUUGCAGUGUCAAGAAGCUUAAAUCCAGGAUGAUUGCAACAGAAUCCGAGGUUGGAAGCCAUGAGAGAUUGGGGCAAGAGAAGAAGCUCAGUAGACAAGACAGGAUUGAGUUGGGUCGGUUGUUUCAGGAUGCUGUGAGUUCUCAUGAUUGGGAGCUUGCAGAGAGUUUGAUCUUCUUGGCAGAUCCACAAACCCUUAAUGAUGCCUUGUGCAUAACACUGGACUCCAUCUGGUUCCUGAGCACAAAGCAAGAGCUUCAUGGGAUAACAGGAUUGAUUAAGAAGAUCAUUUCAAAUGGUGCUUAUGACUUUACAAGAGCUGCUUUGAGGACUUCAUUUCUUGCUUCAUGUGUAUCCGCCUGCCAGAGCCGAACAAUGAGUCUUGCUGAUACAGUGACUGUAAUGGCUCAAAGGUUGCAUGAGCGUCUGCAGGAGUGUAAUGGAGAUGAGGUCUUGAAGGCAGAAGCCGGUGCUAAGGUUCAAAAGUUUACUGAAUGGGCUCUGAAAUGUAUAGGUUUCCAUUCACGUUGCCAAGGCAAUAAGGAUAGAGUGAGUCACUGCUCAGCUGUUGAGAUCCAACUCCAGUUAUCUGGUUUCAAGACAUUUUUAGAUCUUGCUGGCAACCAACUUACUGGGAAGGACUUUACGGAGGCCUUUGAUGCAGCUUGCUUUCCCCUUACCCUCUUCUCUAGCUCAUUUGAUCCUGGAUGGGCAACUGGGAUAUCAGCAACUGCAAUCCAAGGAUUGCUGGGCGUGUUGGUUGAGGGUGGUGCAGACAAUGUUAAUCAGUGUUUCCUUGAAGCCUCACGGUUUGGGAGCACAGAACUUGUGCGCAUUUUAUUGCAGAUUGCCCAAAGAAACAGCCUGGAUGUUGAUGUUGACCUUGCUUUGGGCUUUGCCUCCCACUACUGCAAGAUUGGCACAAUGGAAUGUCUGGUGGAAGAGGGUAAGGCCAUCGCUUUCUUGGGUCCUUUGAUGAGAGCUGCUGAGAGGGGUUGUCUGCAAGUUGUUGAGUGGUUUGUGAAAAGGCAAUGCCGAGACAUGGAGCUUUGUCUUGCCCUCACAGCUGCCACUUCAAGCAGUCAAGUAGGUAUUGCCGCCUAUCUUCUCCCUCACGUUCCUCAGCAUGUACUUGCAGCACUCAGCAUCGAGAUUCUCAAGGCUGCUGGUGAACGGAGUGGUGGGUCCCUUGAUGGUGUAGCAUUUCUUCUCCGCUCAGACUUCUUGGGUGAUCCAGCAGCUACCUAUGCUGUUGCAGACAGUAUCGCAAGGUCUGAUGAUGAGGCCGUAGCGCCUGAGCUAAGGUCAUUUCUUCGAGAGAAUUGGUCAGAGGCAGCUUUCUUGGAUGGACAAAGGCAAGGACAAGAACAUUACAUGAACCUUGUGAGGAUUUUGAAGUGGGGUGGAUCUCCUAUAUGCUUAAGAGAUCUUCCAGGCCCUCUGAGGGUGGCAAUUGCUUACCUACCAGUGUAUAGGGAAUUUAUCAAGGCAGGUGGCUGUUUGAUGUCCCAGAGGCUAAGAGGCCAGUUUGUUGAAGCAGUUAGAAGGCUUGGAGGAGGGGUGCUAGAAGAGGUGAACCAGGGCAGAGAACUCGUGGCUGUUUUGGAGCAUCAUCUUCCUCCAUUUUUGGUCCAAGAUUUUGCCCGCGGAUCUAUAUGAUUUUUGGUUCAAAGCUAUAUGUGCCAUAGAUAAGUAAUAAUAUGCUCUCUUGCUGAGGUCUAGUGAUGGAAGUUAUCAAGGUUUGCCAAUUUUCUUUCCAUCAUAUGUGGGUUGCCUUGCAUCUUAAGGUCUCCCUGCACACUUCAUAUGUGGCAUGUAAUGUAUAAUCUUAAUUAAUAUCGCAUGUGCAAGUUGAUCCGUGGUGUAAGACACAGUUCAACUAUUCUCAAAGGUGUUGGAAAUAUAAUGGUUGUGUAUAUUGGCUAUA